AUGUUCGCUACGGCGUCCAUGAUAGUGGGCCCUCACGGCGCCGGGCUGUCGAACAUGAUGGUGUCGCCACUACACACCAUGAUCCUCGAGAUUGGUCCAAUCGACUGCCCAGCGUGCUUUGUAAACCUCGCAAUAAAGCUACAGCACAUUUACGCCAGACACACCGGAAGCGACCGAGGGGACGACCCUUGUGACUCUUGGUACGAACCGAACGUCGAUGAAGUCGUCAGCCUCGCGCGCGACCUCAUGGAGGCCAAACGCCAGGCCGACGCCGCCGAAGGUCACCGUUGAAAACCCUUCGUUGUACCACCCGUAUGCGUGUGUGUCAACAGAAGUUUGCAGAAUGAACCAUGUUGCAUGUUCCUGGGAGGGGUAGUCGUGGGCUCUGUCCCGGAAGCGUUAGAGUUGUUAUCGACUGAAUCGUUCGAAAGUGUCGUUAUGCUUCUGGUCUUGUCGACAUUGCAAGAUUUGAGCACCAAAUCACAUACGGCGCCACCGACGGCCACCGCUGAAAGCCCUCCGCUGUGGCUCUCGCAUGUGGCUCUCGCAUGUACGUGUGUUUACAGACGUUUCGGUUGCAGAACGCACCAUGUUGCAUGUUCCUGGGAGGGAUAGUCGUUGGCUCUGUUCCGCAAGAGGUGGAAAUAUAUGUAGAUUGAAUCGUGCGAAGGAGAUCUCAUUGUUUAUGGCCUUGUCGACUUCGCAAGUUUUGGGCGCCAAAUCACUUACGGCGCCACCGACGGCCACCGCUGAACGCCCUCCGCUGUGUCUCUCGCAUGUGUAUGUUUUACCAGAGUUUUACGUUGCAGAAUGCACCUUGUUGUGUGUUCCUUAGAGGGGUAGUCGUUGGCUCUGUGCCGCCAGAGGUAGACCUAUAUAUCGAUUGAAUCGCGCGAAGGUGAUCUCAUUGUUUCUGGUCUUGUCGACGUUGCAAGUAUCGGACGCCAAAUCACGUAGGAUUCGUGAAACUGUAGCAAGACCGGUAUGACGUUCCCUCCACGGGGUGACCCUUGACAACCUUGCUCGGUAGCAACAAUCAAGGGGGAGCGGAUUGGAAGUGAGCUACAAAGGUGUUGGUUGACGUUAGUAUUUCUAGCGCCAGUGCCCCAACCAGGGUAUAUAGCUCCCGCAACGUCCUCAUCAGCAUAUGGUCCAGGUAGAAACGGAGUUUUAAGCUGUGAUAUUCGUAUGCCGACGGGUGUUCUUUUUGCGGACAUCACUGGAAAUGUGUUCAGGCGGACGGGAGCGUGUCACCAGUUUUUUCUCCUCGUUAGGCAUGGGGCGUUGUUU